CAGACAACUCAAUGGCUACUGAGGGUGACAACAAAGUCCGUCUGUCUCACGACCUCUCAGAAGGUGAGAAAAAAGCCACUCAGCAGAGAAGAGAAAAAGUCCUGUCGUGCCUGAAAACCCUUCAGAUUCCUUGUGACCAGAAUAAAGUGCCCAAUAUUGUUGUUCUGGGAUCAGGCGGAGGCCUGCGUGCCAUGAUAGCCAUGCUAGGAACCUUGGUGGAGCUGAAGAAACAGAAUCUCUUGGAUGCUGUCACGUAUCUGUGUGGGGUGUCGGGAUCCACUUGGUGCAUGUCCCUCCUGUAUGGAGAUGAGAAAUGGUCAGAAAAUUUGUUGUCCUUGAAAGACAAGCUGUGUGAACAACUCAGUAAUUCAUCCUGGCAUAUUACGAAAGCAGGAGAAUCCCUACAGGAGUCAUCAAAAGAUGAACUUUAUUCACUCACCGACUUCUGGGCCUCCUUUCUUGUGUACCAAAUACUGCAGCAGUUUGAUGAGAAAGAGCUGGCUGACCACAAGGAGGCCUCAGAGACUGGAAUAAACCCUUACCCGAUUUAUGCAGCAGUGGAUAAGGAUAAACUGAGUGAAGAAGGCGGGCUCUUUCCAGGGACUUGGUUUGAAUUCACUCCACAUGAGGCUGGAUAUACUGCCUUGGGUGCUUUUGUGAGUACCAAACACUUUGGAAGUGAAUUUGAGGAGGGUGAGCUGAAGAAAAAGGGGAAGAAGAAAUCCAUUUGUUACAUGCAAGGCUUAUGGGGGAGUGCUAUUGGAAGCAUGGAAGAAAAUCUGAAGUUUAUACGAGAGAGUCUCGGCUUGUUCUCACAAGGAACAUUGCACCCAUUGAAAGGCCUCACCUCAUAUGGACCAGAGAGUAUUUCAGAUACCUUCAUGGCUUAUCAGUCCACUCUUCUUCUACUAGACCUUCAGCUGUGUGCUGUAAGUGGGAGUGAUCCUAAGGAAGUCUUCGACAAAUUGUUGAAUAUAUUGUCAGAGAAGGGAAAAAGUGCAUCCUACCAACUGUGCCUUGAAAUGUCUAAUACUUGGGCAACGAAAACGAAGGAGGCGAGAAUGAAGAGCUGUGCUGAACUGGGCAAAGAGAUAGAAAAGGCAUUUGGAGGGUGUCUUGGGAAAGAAGGUAUUAUAGAAGGAGUGUUAUCAUCAUCCCAUGAAAACCUCCUAGGCUCAGUGUGGAAUGUCACUAGGAUGCUGCUUAAAACAAUUCAAUGUGCAUUGACCUGGCAAUGGGGAACGACUAAUAACUUCCUUUACAGCUGCCCUAAAGUUGAGCCCUCUUACCUGGUCAAAACCAAACUCAUCUCUUUGACUGACGCUGGCCUGGCAAUAAAUUCUGCCUAUCCUCUGGUCCUUCGAGCACAGAGGCGAAUAGAUCUGAUCAUUUCCUUUGAUUUCAGCUCUGGAGAUCCUUUUGAGACUAUCAAGAAAACAGCUACAUACUGCCAGAAAAACCAUAUCCCGUUUCCCAAGAUAGAGGAUCAGGAAAAGAACGUGGACAACCCUUCUGAUUGCUAUAUCUUCCGAGGAGACGAGUCAUGCCCUACAGUCAUGCACUUUCCACUCUUCAACAACGUGAAUUGUUCUGAUAAAAUAGAAGAAUACAGAAAAAGGUUUCCCACCUUUCGCGUGUCCUUCCCCAGGGAAGACAUCAAAGACCUCCUUCAGAAAGCGGGGUUGAAUGUAUCCAACAACAGUGGGAAGAUUUUGCAAGAGAUAAAACGGCUUGUGCCUUCCUCUCACGCAUACAAGUUCUGAAUGUGAAGCGGUUUUUCCUUCAGUACAAGACAAUGAAUUUACGAAUAGCUAUAAAUGGUAUACUUUACCCCACUGCACGUUUCGUCUUGGCCAUUUGGUGUAUUAGUCUUCAUAGCGUGCUCUGGGCAACCAUAAUGGAGAUUUCUCCGCCACCAUCUCAGCCACCUCUCCUCUAUAGCCAAAAGAACCACAAAGGUGCUCUCAGGCAGUGAACAUUUGGCACGUUUUAAACGUAUUUGUGAGACUAAGAUGGCCUGUGUUUCUGAAGGGCUGAAGAGGCUGUCUUUAAAAUUGGCUGAGAUGGAGGCAUUGGUGUUUGCAAAGAGGUCUUAAACCAACAAAGAGGAAGAAUAAGGCAAGAAGGAGAAAGAGAGAGAGAGGAGGCUUUCCAUAGGAGAAUACCUAAGCAGGCAGCAUGACAGGUAAUAAAGAAUUAGACAGAUAAAUACUAAGUAAACGUAUUAAAAGGGAAAAAAGAACCACUAUAAUUUUUGCUUUUGACAAUAGAAGAGUCACAAUAGAGAAGCCAUGAAAGAGAUAAAGACAAGUCCAAUGGUCAGAGACUGACAAAUAAUGCCGGUAAAACUGGAGCGUGUCUGCACAAGGAGAGGAUGUCUGUCUAUAUGAACCAAAUGCGAGCUAAUGCUAGACUCUGGCUUGCUCAUGAUACUGGCUUUUCGACCUUCUUUCUUUUUCUGUAUUUGUCACUUGUUCAUUUGUCUGCAUUUUCCGUGUAUCGUAUUUAAACCUAACUCUAUAUUAAAUAUAUGAGCUAUAGCUUGUUCCUAAUAGCAGCCAUAUUUGGCUUUGUCCCAACGUGUACUGCACAAUCCCAGUCAAAGAAUUUAUCUGUAAUAACUUGGCAUUGAACAAGAAUAUCUGUGAUAUUGAAAAAAAAAAACCCAAACCAACAGCCUCCUCUGAGCUAUACUGGAAAUCUUUAGCUUGCAAGUGUUUUCUUACGUUCAGACUGAAUUGAAAACCAGGAAAUUCAGUGUAAAGACAGGAGAACACUUUCUGGUUUUACUGUGACAGUGGUCAGACACUAGAACAGGUCACCCAGAGAAGCUAUGGAGUCUGCAUCUGUGGAGAUAUUCAAAUCCCACUUGGACAAGGUCCUGGGCAACUUGUUUGAGAUGACCCUGUGUACUGCUUUUGUCUAGACAAGAGUUAAUUUUCUUCAUAGUAGCUUGCAUGGUGCUGUUGUGGAUUUGUGGCCAAAACAGCGUUGAUAACACAACGAUGGCUCAAUUAUCACAGAACACUGCUUGUACGGUGUCAAGAAUUCCUUAUUUUGCUUUGCUUGCAUGAUCAGGUUUUGUUUUACCUAUUAAACUGUCUCUAUCUCAGCCCACGAGUAUUUUCAAAUUUUACCCUUCCAAUUCUUUCCCUCAUUCCACUGGGGGGGGAGGGAGGAGGGGAGCGCUGAGUGAACGCUGCGUGGUGCUUAGCUGCCUGCUGGGGUUAACCCACAGAAAUACUUUCUGCUGCCCAGCAUUGAGCUCAGAGGCUUCAAGAUAGCGAUGUAUUUCAUUGGAGCGUGGUUGACAAAAUUGAUAGCUGUUACAGCUAUUCAGCUAUUGAUUGGCAGGCUCCUGUGCUUGCCACGGGGCUAGCGUGCCUUAAUGUAUCUUAGAGGCUCAUGCUCAUUAGUGGAUUCUUUUGCUAUUUGCUGUAGUGCUUAUCAUCUUACUCUGCUGUGCCUGGGAACAUUUUGCUAACAGCAAUGGCCAUGCGCCUGGGGUGGCAGAUAGCCAGGGCAUCGCUGCUGGUCCUGUGCUGCUGGACAGGCUGGAACUCCAGCGUGAACUCGAGUCAAAAGGACUGUGACCUGUAGCUAGGUCCACAUUGGAGCAAGUACACCUCAAACAUUCUGUGGCUGUGGAUAAGUCCACAGGGGGGAGGGGGUGUGACGGUUAAUGAGGGUGUAUUGGAUAGUGUGGGUCCCGAGCACGACAUAAAUGGUAUGGAAUAAGGGGUGGAGACUGUAGUUGGUCUGGCUGGGAUGGAGUUAAUUUUUUUCAUGGUAGCUCAUAUGGUGCUGCCUUUUGGAUUUGUGACCAAGUCAGUGUUGGUAACACAGGGAUGUUUUAACUGUUGCUGAGCCGUGCUUACACAGAGUCAAGGCCUUUUCUUUUUCUCACACCGCCCCAACAGAGAGUAGGCUGGGGGUGCACAAGAAGCUGGGACAUAACACAGCCGGGACAGCUGACCUCAGCUGACUAAAAGGAUAUUCCAUACUUCAUGACAUUGUGCUCCGCAAUAAAAGCUAGGGGGAAGAAAGAGGAAGAGGAGGAUGUUUGGAGUUGCGGUUUUUGUCUUCCCAAGUAACCGUUAUGCGUGAUGAAGCCCUGCUUUCCUGGAAAGGUCUAAACAUCUUCUUACCAAUGGGAAGUGGUGAAAGAAUUCCUUAUUUUGCUUUGCUUGUGUAUGUAGCUUUUGAUUUACCUA